CAAGGACCUUAACAACUCUCCACUCAAUCACACUCCACUUGUCAUGAAAAGAACAACAUACAGUAUUUCCUGUAAUUGGAGGAAGGUUAUUGGAGGAGGAGAGUUAUUGUCAUAACUGCAAGAUCUUCGAUUGGAAGAAUCCAGUGGAGGAGGAAGGGUGCCACGGAGUAAACUGUGAUUAAAUCUGAGCUUCUGAGAAAUUUUCUGUUACUGUUGAAACUCCUGUGUGACCGGUGACACGUCUCCACCUGAACCUUGGACUGCAGAAUGCAACAACCAGGCCGGCUGAGGCUGAGGCCGUGGCUGGAGGAGCAGAUUCAGUCUGGGAGGUAUCCAGGAGUUAGCUGGCUGGACCAGUCAGCACGGAUCUUUCAAAUCCCGUGGAAACAUGCCGCUCGUCAUGGAUGGAGUAUUGACCGAGAUGCUACACUCUUCAGGAGUUGGGCCAUGCACACUGGUAGGAACCCCAAACCAAAACAAGCUGUGUUCCAGCUGCAUGGACGAUAUCAUCCAGGCAAAGACAAGCCAGAUCCCAAGACAUGGAAGGCAAAUUUCCGCUGUGCCUUGAAUUCUCUGUCUGACAUCUGUGAGCUGCGGGAGCACAGCAGGAAGAGAGGCAGCAAUGCCUACAGAGUCUACAGGAUGAUGCCUAGCACACAAACACACAGACGCAGGAGAGGGCUGAGGUUGAUAAGCAGGCCUCGAGAAAGACAGGCGAGUUUAGGUGAUGAUACACACACCACGCAUGCCUGGCAACCCACAACAACAAGACCCAUUUCAGACACACCACAGAAGGUGGAGACCCAUGCAGAGGACAUAUUUGGCAAUGCCCAAACGCACGGUAUGUGGGAGGCCAAACCAGAGGACCAGGAGCAGAAUGAGGCAGUAUUUAAGUUGAUGGACCACUUAAGCAACACUGAUGUCUGGAACCAGACUGGGGAGCAGAGAGGAUGGAGAACACACACACUGUGGGACCACUGGCACUGUGCUGGUGAUGAUAACCCGUAUUCUCUGCACACAGAGAACUACAGUGAUCUGUUUGGUCCAAACUACAUCAAGGAGCUCUCCGAUUGGUCCACACAUCAGCAAACACUGAUGCCGUAGCUGUGUAGCCUACUGAACGGUUCAUCCUCAUGCUCUUUGUGUUAACCACAGCUGUUCUUCCUUCAGGCUUUCUUGCUAACUUUCAGCUGAUUUCCUCCUGCUGUCUGUCUGCUGAGCUGACCACUGAAAAGGGGAAACAAGAGAGGGGGAGCGGACAGAGAAUAUUGCUCUGUCAGUCAGUCGGGCGGUCAUCCUCUCUGCUGAGAAUGCUGAGAUGAAGAUCCUGUUCCAAGCCAAGCUUUACCUCUGUCAUCAUCACUUCACUAUGGUUCAGUGCCUCAAAUUCACUGACAUGACACCAAGCUCACAGCGAAAACAGAUCUCAUUUCGCUUUAGUGCAGGAUCAGUUAUUGCUCUACUAUUUCUCUGAGUUUUACUGGA